AUGUCUGGAAAGGGAAAAGAAGUUGAUAAUGAUCCUGCAGGAAAUAUUCCAACUAAUGAUCCAGCCACAGCUAUACUUCGUGAUAAACCUGCAAAAAAUAAACUCAUAGUAGAUGAUGCAACGCAAGAUGAUAAUUCAAUAAUGUCACUUUCCACAGCUACUAUGGAAAAAUUACAACUUUUUCGUGGUGAUACUGUAUUGGUAAAAGGCAAAAAAAGACGUGACACCGUGCUAAUUGUUUUAGCAGAUGAUGAUUGUGAUGAUUCUAAAGUAAAAAUUAAUAAAGUUGUUCGUAACAAUUUGCGUGUACGUCUCGGUGAUGUAAUAUCAAUCCAUCCAUGUUCUGAAAUAAAGUACGGAAAGAGAAUUCACGUGUUGCCAAUCGAUGAUACAGUCGAGGGAGUGACAGGAAACCUUUUCGAAGUAUACUUGAAACCUUACUUCUUAGAAGCAUAUAGACCCGUAAGAAAAGGUGAUUUGUUUUUGGUUAGAGCUGCUAUGAGAGGCGUUGAAUUCAAAGUUGUAGAAACGGAUCCACCAGAUUACUAUACAGUGAUACAUUGUGAAGGCGAUCCAAUUAGCCGAGCAGAUGAAGAAUCUAAUCUUAAUGAUGUAGGCUAUGAUGAUAUCGGCGGAUGUCGUAAACAAAUGGCACAAAUACGUGAACUUGUUGAACUACCGCUUAGACAUCCUCAACUCUUUAAAUCUAUUGGUAUCAAACCACCUCGAGGUAUUCUUAUGUAUGGGCCUCCUGGUACUGGUAAAACUUUAAUUGCUCGUGCAGUAGCCAAUGAAACUGGUGCAUUCUUCUUUUUAAUUAACGGACCUGAAAUCAUGUCAAAGAUGGCUGGUGAAUCCGAAAGUAAUUUAAGAAAAGCAUUCGAAGAAGCAGAAAAAAAUAGUCCCGCUAUAAUUUUCAUUGAUGAAAUUGAUGCUAUUGCUCCAAAACGUGAAAAGACAAAUGGCGAAGUAGAACGUCGUGUUGUUUCUCAACUUCUUACAUUGAUGGAUGGUAUGAAAGCUCGUUCAAAUAUUGUUGUGAUGGCAGCAACUAAUCGUCCAAAUAGUAUUGACCCUGCACUUAGACGUUUUGGUCGUUUUGAUCGUGAAAUUGAUAUUGGUAUUCCUGAUCCUGUUGGCCGUUUAGAAAUUUUGCGUAUUCAUACAAAAAAUAUGAAAUUAAGUGACGAUGUCGAUUUAGAAAAGAUUGCAUCAGAAACUCACGGUUAUGUUGGUUCUGAUAUAGCUUCUUUAUGUUCAGAAGCUGCAAUGCAACAAAUUCGUGAGAAAAUGGAUGCAUUUGAUUUGGAAGAUGAUACCAUUGAUGCUGAAAUAUUAGAUUCUUUAGCUGUAACCAUGGACAACUUUAGAGUAUCUCUUCGUGAAACAGUUGUUGAAGUUCCUACAGUUACCUGGAAUGAUAUUGGAGGUCUUGAAAAAGUUAAACAAGAACUUCAAGAAACUGUACAAUAUCCCGUGGAGCAUCCAGACAAAUUUUUAAAAUUCGGUAUGUCACCUUCAAAAGGUGUAUUAUUUUAUGGUCCACCUGGGUGUGGUAAGACUUUAUUAGCAAAAGCCAUUGCUAAUGAAUGUCAAGCAAACUUCAUCAGUAUUAAGGGACCUGAAUUAUUAACCAUGUGGUUUGGUGAAUCAGAAGCAAACGUACGUGAUGUAUUUGAUAAAGCAAGAGCAGCAGCACCGUGUGUAAUGUUUUUUGAUGAAUUGGAUUCGAUUGCAAAAGCACGUGGCUCUUCACAUGGUGAUGGAGGCGGUGCGGGAGAUCGUGUACUCAAUCAAAUUUUAACCGAGAUGGACGGCAUGAACACGAAGAAAAAUGUAUUCGUUAUUGGAGCAACAAAUAGACCUGAUCAAAUAGAUCCAGCUUUACUUAGACCUGGACGUCUUGAUCAACUAAUUUACAUUCCUUUGCCAGAUGAACCAUCAAGAUUGUCAAUUCUAACAUCAAUACUAAGAAAAUCACCAGUAGCACAAAACGUGAACUUAAAAUUUUUGUCUGAAAAAACACAUGGUUUCUCUGGCGCAGAUUUAACAGAAAUUUGUCAACGUGCUUGUAAGUUAGCAAUUAGAGAAAGUAUUGAAAAGGAAGUAGCGCGUGAGAGAUUACGUAAAGAUAGAAUAGAAUCUGGCGAAGAAGUGUCAAUGGAUGAAGACAUGGAAGAGUCAGUGGACCCUGUACCAGAAAUCACAAGAGCACAUUUCGAAGAAGCAAUGAAAUUUGCACGUCGUUCAGUUUCUGAUAACGAUAUUCGUAGAUAUGAAAUGUUUGCACAAACCCUUCAACAAUCUCGAGGCUUUGGAUCAAAUUUCAAAUUCCCCGAGGGAGGUGUUGCUGGUGGUAGUACAGACGGACCAAGCACUGCUAAUGCUAUGGAUGUUGGAUUUGGUCAAGAAACAGAAGAUACUGAUUUAUACGAAUAA